AAUAUGAUUCUUCUCUACUUCACUUGACUAAUGGCGGUGUCCCUGAACCUUAAAACAUCACAAUUGACAUUUUCAUAAAAUUAAAUCAAUAGUUUUUAAUUUCAACUGAUUUCAACAUAACAAAUGGCCGAAGCAGCAGUGGAAGAACGUCCCAGCCAGAGAUUUUACUGUCACAUCUGUAAUGUACAAUUUCAAAAUGCGUCAGCUAAUUUCACUUGUCCACACUGUUCUGGAGGUUUUAUAGAGGAGCUCGAAGCCGGAACAGAAAAUCCUGAAGGCAUUGUUGAUGCAUCUGAUGAAGAUGAACCUUAUUAUAUGCUGCAUAGUUACCCCAUGGAUAUUGCCGAUAUUAUUUUUGCCCCUGGGCCAGAAGACCAUCAUACUGGACAAAGAUUUGUUAAUGAUGCCAUAAGGAGAAGGUAUGCUGUUCAGACACAUCCAGGGAUUUUUAGACCGAGGAGUUCACCAAGACUGGCUACAACCAAUUCACGUCCAGGUACGCAAUUUGAGGAUCUCAUAUCAGAGUUCAUUGUUAACUUGGGUGUGGGAGUUAAUUUUGGGGGCGGAGGAAACAUGCAAGUAUUUCUAGGCAAUCCAGGAGAUUAUGCUUGGGGCAGAGAAGGACUCGAUGCCAUUGUCACUCAACUGUUGAAUCAAAUGGAUGGCUGUGGACCUCCCCCGUUAUCCAAAGAUGUAAUAGACGCCCUACCUGUGGUUGAAAUAACAGAAUUGCAGGUCGAAUCAAAACUGCAGUGUUCUGUAUGCUGGGAAGAUUUUGAGUUGUGUGAAAAUGUGCGUCAGUUGCCAUGCCAGCAUGUGUACCAUGAGCCUUGCAUAAGACCAUGGUUAGAACUUCAUGGUACUUGUCCCAUCUGUAGGCAGAAUCUAGGUUCCGAUGAUGGCUCACAGAAUGCUGAUAACCAGGCUUCUGGAGGCACUACUCUUACUACGCUACAGCAGCUUUUCCAAGCAGCUCAAAACCCUGCCAACAGGUCAGGCAGCCCUAUGAGCUCUGCUGCUACGCGAGGUUCUGACAGCAACUCAUCCAGCAAUUCUAGUUUUUCUAAUAGCGAAGGAAUUUAAAAGAAUAAGUAGUUUUUUGCGUUAUUCAAAAAAAAAAACAUGUUUCAAAUCGAAAAAAAAGAAAAUAAUAAAAGAUAGCAUUCGUCACAGUUGAUUUAAUAAUAAUACUUGUAAUAAUGGUGACGAUAAUAAUAAUUAAUAAUUAUUAUAAUGACAACAGGUUUCCACUGCUACUGUGCCGUUUGUUGUGUUUUAGGGGAGAUUGUUCCUAUUUGUUUCUUUUUGCGUCGCAAGAUAAAAUUCGAUACGUGUGUUUAUUUUUGUUGUCUUUAGAAAAGAGACUGAAAAAGAAUUAUUUCAUUUUUUUUUUUAAUGAACCGCUAGUUUGUUAAAAUAUAGCAGUUUCAAUUCA